GUGUGCGUGGUGCUGGGAAAAAUACCUGGGUCAAAAUGGAAUCCCAGUGCCAGGUUGCGUGGUUACAUGUCUUACUAUCCAAGCACCUUUGGACUUACAGUACAAACAAGGGUUUUUACAACUGGCUUACCCCUUGGUGUUCUAAACUUGGCCAAAAUAAAGCCAUAUCAGAGAGGCUUUUUCUGUAAUGAUGACAGCAUCAAGUAUCCAUUCCAUGACAGUACCAUCACAUCCACUGUCCUCUAUUCAGUGGGGUUCACCCUGCCCAUUUUCUCUAUAAUCGUAGGAGAAACCUUGUCUGUCUAUUAUAACUGUUUGCACUCAAAUUCAUUUGUCAGAAAUAACUACAUAGCCACUAUUUACAAAGCCAUUGGGACCUUCAUUUUUGGUGCAGCUGCUAGCCAAUCCCUGACGGACAUUGCCAAGUACUCCAUAGGUAGACUGCGACCUCAUUUCCUGUCUGUAUGCCAGCCUGAUUGGGCACAGGUCAACUGCAGUCUAGGUUACAUUGAAAACUUCCCAUGUCAAGGAGACAAAGCAAAAGUUAAUGAGGGAAGAUUAUCAUUUUACUCUGGGCAUUCUUCAUUUUCCAUGUACUGCAUGCUGUUCCUAGCACUAUAUCUGCAGGCCAGAAUGAAAGGAGAUUGGGCAAGACUUGUGCGUCCUACCACACAAUUUGGUCUCAUUGCAGCAUCUGUAUACGUGGGUCUCUCCCGGGUUUCUGAUUACAAACAUCACUGGAGUGAUGUGUUGACUGGACUCCUUCAGGGAGCGGUGGUAGCUGUGCUCAUUGUUGUAUACGUAUCAGAUUUUUUCAAAGUGAAAGGCUGUACAUUUAAACCAAAUGAAGAAGAUUCACAUACAACUCUACAUGAAACACCAACAAAUGGAAAUCACUAUGGCAGUAAUCACCAACCAUGAAGAAUUGUUGAGCAUGAUCCUGUGAAGCCUCCUGCUUUCUAAAAGGAAAAAAAAAUAAUUGGUCUCCUCCAGCAUGUAAAAUAAAUGCCUUUAAGGGACUGCUGCUGCUAUACCUCUUGGAUGCUCACUUUAAAUGUAUAUAGUAACAUUUAACACCAUUGUGUAUAUCUAAUAGCUUUAAAAAUCUUUUUAAAAUUCUAUUGGUUCAAGCUUACUGCUUAUAAAACAAACAAUUUUUUAUUAAAAUAACAUGGCAACACUUAUGUACAAACAGCAGUGUGUAUGUAAUAUACUUUGCUAGAAUGCUUCUUGUUUAAAUAAAUGUCUGUGUGGAGGGUGAA